UAUAGUAUGCUUUAUUAUAAUACUUAUUACGAUAGUAUUGAAUGUACAUAUAUUUAUGGCUUAGAUAUAUACUGUAUAUAUAUAAAUAUGUAUGUAAAUAUAAAAAUUCUUUGUUAAAAGUUAUCCAUUCAGCCUAUAGUUUGUUUGUCACGAUUCACGAUUUUUCAAGUAACUUGAGCGUUGAAAACGUCAUCAGUUGACGAGAUGCCUAGAUCAUCCUCAUCCUCAUCCUCUUCCUCUUCGUCAUCUUCAACGAGUACUAUCAGUAAUAAUUCGUGGAAGGAGGGAGUUCGCUUACAUGUAUCGGGAUUAGCUUUCGACGUUGGUAAAACGGAUGUUAUACGAGCAUUUGAAAAGUUCGGCAGACUAAUUGAGGUAUGGUUAGCCAAGAAUCCGCCUUGUUUUGCUUUUGUCGUCUAUAAGUAUAGAGAGGCGGCUGAUACAGCAAUUAAGAAAAUGGAUGGAAAACGAUUUUUUGGUAGCCGUUUAAAAGUAACAUUUGCAAAACCGAGAAAAUCUAGUUCCCAUUCAUAUCAGGCUUUCCAAGGAAUGAGGUGUUAUCAAUGCGGUAAAGCGGGUCACUUAUCUAAAUUUUGUAAAUUAACUGAAAGAAUGAAAAGGAGUUGGAGACGACGGCAUAGACAUGAUAGAUUUCUUGGAUCAAGGAUAACUUAAAUGAACAGCAAAUUCCAUUUUUUCCCCUAAUGGAUUUACAUUAAUGGAUUAUUAAGUAUAUCCAACAAAUAAGUGAUAACUCUUUUUUCAAGAAAAAAGCGUCGAAAAAGACUCUACAGAUCGAGAUCUAGAUCGAGAUCCAGGUCCAGAUGCAGGUCAAGAUCUAGAUCGAGAUCGAGAUCUCCAUCAACUUCUUCGUCGUCGUUGUCAUCUUCGUCGUCGUACUCCAGAAGAGCGAGGAAAAGAAAAUAAAAAGGGAAGAAAACUUAAAAGAAAACUAAAAAUACAAAAUACGAACAAUUAUAGAGAAAAAAAACGAUAGCAAAAUGAAGAGAAGAGAAAAGAAAAAAAAAUGAAGAAAACAUAGGAAUAUUUUUUUAUUUGUCUUUUUAUUGUUUUUUUUUAUUUCAUUUUUUAGGAUUCAACCCCAACCUGGUUCUUCUUUGAAAAUUUCGAUUUUGUCGUAAUAACAUACAUUUCUGAUCUAUAAAUUCUUAAAUUAUUUAAACAAAACAAUUCUCUGCAUCCUCUCCGAAAUUUCGAGUUAAACGAGGCAUAUACUAUAGGCUUAACAAGCGUCGUUCCAAAUAGAAUAAACACCAUUAAAGUUCUUAGUUCUUUAUCCUGUUUUCUAAGCCAUUUCAAAUAGGAUUCAAGUAUAACAAACGGAGUAAUUAGUAUAAAGUGUAAAAUUGUUAGUAUCAUUAAUAGCUUGUAUAGUUUGUUUUGGUUGUUUUUGUUUUUUUUAAAAAAAAAUAAUAAUCGUAAUAUGGAAG